UGAGUCGUUGGGACCGAGGAUCUGGGGCUGGUACAAAGAAGGCAUGGGGCAGUGUUUGAGGUACCAGAUGCACUGGGAGGACCUGGAAGAGUACCAGGCCCUGACCUUCCUGACCAGAGAUGAAAUUCUGUGCAUCCAUGACACCUUUCUGAAGCUCUGCCCUGCAGGAAAGUACUACAAGGAGGCCACACUGACCAUGGAGCAGGUCAGCUCCCUGCCGGCCCUGAGGGUGAACCCUUUCAGAGACCGCAUCUGCAGGGUGUUCUCCCACAACAACAUGUUCUCCUUCGAGGAUGUGCUGGGCAUGGCAUCUGUGUUCAGCGAGCAGGCAUGUCCCAGCCUGAAGAUCGAGUACGCCUUUCGCAUAUAUGAUUUUAAUGAGAAUGGCUUCAUCGAUGAGGAGGAUCUGCAGAAGAUUGUGCUACGACUGAUGAACAGUGAUGACGUGUCUGAGGACCUCCUGAUGGACCUUACACACCACGUCCUGAGGGAGUCAGAUCUGGACAAUGACAACAUGCUGUCCUUCUCAGAGUUUGAACAUGCAAUGGCCAAGUCUCCAGAUUUCAUGAAUUCCUUUCGGAUUCACUUCUGGGGAUGCUGACUUGUCUACAAACGCCUGACCCAGCAUCCUGAAGGGGGACCAUUGGAAUAGA